AUGCUUCAUUCACAUAGCACAACUCAGGCAAGCUCAAUUACUCUGUUAGGUCCUCAGGUCAUCGGAAAUCAUGUCAUCCUCGAUCGCAUGUUCGCAUUCCUUUCCUCACAAGACAUCUUAAGUGUCUCGAGAACCUGCCGCGUGGCAAAUGCAAAUGCAAAGUCAUAUUUCCGUCGGGCGCGCGACAUCAAUCGACGAUUGAAAUGUUUCUUCCCCGACUUGACCACGUUCCGCGCUUUACAGGCGCGCACAGGCGCUGUCAUCCCCUCAUCGAUGUCUCUAGAUGAUCGCUAUAGAGAGGAUAAAAUAGAGCUCCAUGUUCUUCGACCGCAGCUUCUCGAACUCGGCAAGUUCCUGCUUGCAAACGGCUAUGAAUUCAGGCCCAGCGCACCUUAUCAGGGCUCCAAUUUUGAGGACACCUGUAGUCGUCUCACUAGGAGCAUUGCCUUGUGGCAGGGUGGCUCCAUGAAUUAUGCCAUUCAUCACCGCAUUCCUCGCUUCUUUUUCGUUAGACGUUCUGUCGACGAUGGGAAUGAUGUUGCCGUCGAGAUUACGACAGUCCGGUCAUCCAAAGUUGGCAACAUGUUGUUCUCACGCGCACUUUGA